CGAUAUCUUGAAGAUUAUUGAUGUUCGAUUAGUUGGAUUAUUUAAAAACGGAAUACUUUGUACUUUGAGGAGUUGAAAUUUUCAAAUAGGCCCUAAGGUUUCGGUUAGUCUGAACGAUUCCUCGUUGGUUCGGAAUCUUUUCAUUGAUAAAAAAUGAAACGGUCUUUGUAUCGAUCUCAUUACUUGCUGCAGCACAAGCUAAUCGAAAAAAGAGAGAAUACCACAGACUCCGGAGAAAGAAGAUUUGAUGCAACGAAGUGAAACUACAAUGAAGUUCUGUGUUCCAGAGCAAUAACCUACUCCAUGUGGUGACCUAAAACGACUGAAAAUUCAUUAACAAAUCUGAUCUGCUUUGAUUUCACAGUGAAAAGAAAAAGGAGGUGAGAAGGAGAGAAUUUGGCUGGACCAGAAAGGAUCAUGAGAUAUUUCUGAGACUGGCAAGGAGAGUACACCAACAGACGCAGCACAAUGGAAGUGAACAAGGAGUCUGACGAAGAGCAUGUGGAAGAAAACAGUGGAUUCCAGUUUUGGCGGAAGACACUCAAUUCACCCAAGUAUAUCGUUGCCCCAAUGGUGGACCAAAGUGAAUUGGCUUGGAGAAUGUUAAGCAGACGUUAUGGUGCUGACUUGUGCUACACACCAAUGUUUCAUGCCGCUGUGUUUGUUAAGGAUCCAAAUUAUCGAAGAGAUUCCUUGCAGAGCUGUGCAGAAGAUCGCCCUCUCAUAAUACAGUUUUGUGCCAAUGACCCAGAGAUACUUCUUCAAGCAGCAAAAAUGGCUGAAGGGCACUGCGAUGCUGUUGACUUGAACUUGGGUUGUCCCCAAGUCAUUGCCAAGAGAGGGCACUACGGAGCUUUUCUCCAAGAUGAAUGGGACCUUGUGUCAAAAAUGGUGCAGACAUGUCAUGAGAACCUGAACGUGCCUAUCACUUGCAAGAUCCGAGUGUUCCCCUCCACUGAGAAAACUGUUGAAUAUGCCAGAAUGUUGGAAAAGGCUGGAUGUCAGCUAUUAACAGUCCAUGGGCGCACCCGAGAGCAGAAAGGCAAACAAACAGGCUGUGCUGACUGGUUGAAGAUCAAGGCAGUCAGGGAGGCAGUGAGCAUCCCUGUGUUUGCCAACGGAAACAUCCAGUACCUGGCUGACGUGCACCGUUGUCUUAAAGAAACGGGAGUACAAGGCAUCAUGAGUGCAGAGGGUAACCUACACAACCCUAUGUUGUUUACUGGUGGCAGCCCCUGUGUGUGGGAGAUGGUGAACGAAUACCUGGACCUUGUUGAAAAGUACCCGUGCCCCCUGUCAUAUAUGAGGGGACAUGUGUUCAAGCUUUGCCAUCACGCAUUGGCUGUCCAUCGAAAUGUGCGUGAUUUGCUGGCAUCUGCAAAGACUUAUGAGGAGCUCCGAGAGGCAGCUACUAUGCUGAAAGAUUUAAGUGCAGCAGACAUAGAAAAGGCCAAACACAACCCAGAUCUCUUUACCACACACAAACAGUUGGACCACCCAUAUUGGAUCUGCCAGCCCUACGUGCGGCUCAGUGACAGCGACUUGGAGCAGCCGGAGCACCGUGCUAUAAGACAGAUGUUGAACAUGAAAAGAGCACAAGACAUGGAAAAAAUGAGGGAGGAACACAGUGGUCUGUCCAUCAAAAAGCUCAAGAAGCGGCUGAAACACCCACACAAGAAUUUUGACACCAACAGGCUCCAGUUUGAAUCUUGUACUCAUUGCCGUAACCCAAAGGGUACACGAUGCCCAUUUAACCUUUGUAAAACUUGUUGCCGUCUCAAGGUUAAUGCAGAGAAUGUGGACUGCUCAG